GCGGGCCAGCCCCUCGAUACAACUUUCCCAGCCAGAAGAACAUCAACAAUCAACAACAAUAUCAACCACCGCAACACUUAUAAAACAAUUACAUUAAGACAUCAAUUCCAAACUCUUUCAGCUUUACAACACAUAAUUAUAAUUACCAACCUUUCGACUUUAUAUAACACCACACCAACACAAUCAGAAUGAGCGGCCAGGUUACCUUCGACGUCUACCGCGGUGCUGAGGGCGAGACCCCGGUUCGCAAGACUGUUACCAGAGAACUUCGCCCCAAUGAUGUUUUCCUUGAGAUGACCCACUCCGGCGUUUGCGGCACCGACCUCCACUUCAGACACGCCGACAUUACUCUCGGACACGAGGGAGUCGGAAUUGUCAAGCAGGUUGGCCCUGCCGUCAAGGACCUCAAGGUCGGUGAUGUCGCCGGAUUUGGCUAUAUUCGCCAAGUCUGCGGUAACUGCAUGGAAUGCUUGACUGGCUGGGACCAGUACUGCUCUCAGGCUGUCGCAUAUGGCAACGCCGAUUUCGAUACCGGUAGCUUCUCUCACGGAGCUGUUCUCGAUGCCCGCUGUGUCUUCAAGAUCCCCGAUGAGAUCGACCCAGCUGAUGCCGCACCGUUGAUGUGCGGAGGUGCUACUGUCUGGACCGUUCUCGACCAGUAUGGAAUCAAGUCCACUGAUCGAGUUGGUAUCAUGGGCAUUGGUGGUUUGGGCCAUAUCGCCAUCAAGAUGGCCGCUGCCAUGGGCUGCCACGUUGUUGUCUUUUCCAGCAGCGAGUCUAAGCGCCAGGAGGCUCUCGAUUUCGGCGCUCAGGAGUUUCAUAUACUCCGCCGGGGAGAGAAGUUUGAAGGCAAGAUGGAGCCCAUAAAGCACCUUCUCCUCUGUGGAAAUGCCCAGAUUGACUACGAUGCCGUCAUUCCUUUGAUGGCUCCUAACAGCGCAAUCUACCCUCUUGCAGUCGACUUCAACCCUUCCAAGAUUAUCCUGUUCAACCUUGUCAUGAAGGGUAUCCGAAUCCAGGGCUCAGUCGUGGUUUCCACCACUGAGAUGCGGAAGAUGCUGAAAUUCUGUGCUCUGCACAAGAUUACUCCUCAGAUUGAGAAGUUCCCGCUCAACGAAACCGGUAUGACUGAUGCCAUGGCUAGACUAGUUGAGGGUAACGUCCGAUACCGCGCAGUCCUCGUUGCACAGAACUAGGCCAUUUGACAGGUAUGAUGGGGCAACGAGAAAUUAAUCUCACUCUAAUAAUGAUGUAACGAAUUGUUUGUUAAGCGAUAGACUGCUGGAAAAUAUAACAUUAGACUUAUAAGCUAUCUUUAGAC